AUGGCGACUACAACAACUCAUGUGGCUGCAACAAGCACGUCGAACGGUGCUUUUCCAGCUUGCACGACUGCAGUGCCAGGCAAGUAUGGCGAAGUGCCGGUAGACGCAUGCAAUUCAUCAUACAAUGCAAUCCCAGAGUUUAUUCCUGCAGUGGUGGUGUCUGUUCUCUUUGGCACCCUCACCCUCAUUCACAUUAUCGAAGCAGUGGUAUAUAAAAAGGGAUACACCUGGGUCUUGAUCAUGGGCGGCGCUUGGGAAACAGCAGCGUUUAUCCUACACGUUGUUGGCGCGCAUAACCAACAAAACGUCACGUUUGCCACCAUUUGGCAGAUUCUCUUUCUGCUGGCGCCACUUUGGAUCAAUGCCUUUGUCUACAUGACUUUUGCACGCAUUGUCCAUUUUUAUAUGCCGGAUAGAAAAGUAUGGAUUAUCAAAGCCUCUCAAAUUUCGAAACUCUUUGUUUUCGCAGACUUCUUUUCGUUCGUCGUCCAGGCCGUAGGUGGUGUCAUGGUCUCUCCCAGCUCUUCCGCUUCUAUCCAACAGACUGGACUGCAUGUCUACGAAGGGGGUAUCGGACUUCAGGAAUUUUUCAUCGCCAUCUUCUUGGUCCUCAUGAUUACAUUUCAUAUUCGCUUCGUAAAGCUUACAGAAGGCCGCCUUUUGCUGCCUGAAGAAGUCAAUUUGAAUGAAGCAAACGACGGUCGUCGUUAUGACAAUUUCGAAGACCCUAGAGGCUGCUUCUGGCUACUCUAUGCUUUAUAUGCUGUUUUGGCAUUUAUUACGAUGCGUAUCAUUUACCGAUUAAUCGAAUUUACAAAAGGACUCGACCCUUCCGUUAACCCGCUUCCCUUCCACGAAUAUUACUUUUACUCUCUCGACGCGUUCCCCAUGAUGGCUGCUCUCCUGAUUUUGGCCAUCUUCCACCCGGGUCGUUUUAUCAGGGGGCCCAACAGCAGUCUUCGAGAUGCAACACGCGCGGAAAAGAAGAUUAAAAAGGCCGCAAAGAAAGAGCGCGAACAAGCCAAGAAAGAGCAUAAGCAGAUGGCAAAAGAGGCAAAGAAGGAGCAAAAGAGGCUGGACCAGGAAGCUAAAAGAGGAGGCGUUUCUGAAUAA